GUAAAGUAUUGCACAGACAUAGCCAUAGCAGCCGUAACAUCUGCUGUACAGCUCCCCCCAACCCUGCGCAGGGAUAAAGCAGUGUUUUAUUCUGUUUUAGACCCAUAGUCACGUUUUUACAUUUAUUAUUCACAAUUUUAUUUUUAACUUUUUAAAGUGAAGCCUACGUUUUUAGUUAUUGUUUUUAAAUUCGGGUUGGAAGGCGAACCAUAGACGAAUAUGUUCAGGGAUAUAGAACUGUUUUACUUGCGUUAAAGUCAGAGGAGUUUUUAUUUUCCAGACACGGACCGCGCAAAGAAACAUCCGACCUUCAAGGAAUUUGUUAUAAAGUUUUCAGAAAGUAUUCUGUCUUUACGCGGAUACUGAGUGGAUAUGGCUUGGAUCAGAUGGGACCUCUUAUUUUCUAUAGGUUUAUUCAUUUCACCGGCAUUUGUGUCCACGGAUCAGAGUGGCUUUAGGAGAUACUACGUGUUGCAGCCAGGUCCGAGCGGGACAGACAGGGUACAUGUGAGUUCCAUUUCUUCGCGCUCCAGUGCCACAGGACAGCCCCAUGCCUACAAUGUGGAGCUCACGGCCAGUUACGGUGGCCAGGGCCGAACCCGUAGGAUGGGUAACCAAGCGAACCCGAUCUCGCAUCGCCAGGAUACACAGUUUGCGCUGCACCAGCAAGUCAUUCCGCAGACCAGUCACAACGUUCACCAGAGUCACCAAAUGAAAAUGUCAGGGGUGAAUGUCUGUGGAGGGCAGUGCUGUCACGGAUGGAGUAAGGCCACUGGAUCGCAGCGGUGCACCAAGCCCAACUGCCUGCCCCAGUGCCAGAAUGGAGGAAUGUGUCUGAGGCCCCUGCUCUGUGUCUGCAAGCCGGGCUCCAAUGGCAAGGCAUGUGAACAGAAGACCAUGCCCACCUCUUCCAACCCAGCGCAGCCAGGGAACGGCCACACCAAUGGACACACCAAUGGCCGUAGCAUAGUGCCCCAGAGGCCCAUUCCCCAGCAGGUGCCCAUCCCCCAGCAGGGUUAUGCCCCUGCCCCAGUCCCUGUCAGCAACAUGGCUCAGAUGACCCUGACCGUCAAGCAGUCCCCCCACCUUGUCCGGCCCCAGCAAAUCCGACCUGGUAGCCAGCAGUUUGUCUUGAAGCCCAAGUACUACCACACACACACCACACACUCCCAGACGCAUUUCCAACACCAGCCUGACAGACCCAUUCCGCUGACGGUGAGACACAACCCCAUCCACGUGGGGAACCACACGGGCCGGAUCAAGGUGGUCUUCACACCCACCAUCUGCAAGGUGACCUGCACGGGGGGCCAGUGCCAGAACAACUGUGAGCUGGGCAACACCACCACCAUUAUCAGUGAGAAUGGCCGUGCCGCAGACACCCUCACCGCCCCCAACUUCAGAGUAGUGGUAUGCCAUCUGCCCUGCAUGAAUGGAGGAAAGUGCAGUGCCAGGGACAAGUGUCAGUGCCCGGCUACCUAUACGGGGAAGUUCUGCCAGAUGCCUGUUCAAAAUGGGAAUGGGCAGCAGCGCCAGAAUGGGAAGCAGCAGACGUCCCAGAUUCACUCCACUCACACUCUGCCCCUCACGUUCAGCAAUGGACAGAACCCUGUGAAAUAUGCCCCCAGCAUCGUGAACAUCCACGUGAAGCAUCCUCCAGAGGCCUCGGUGCAGAUCCAUCAGGUCUCCCAGCUGGAUGCCAAUGGGCAGAAGGUGAAAGGCAAUGGGCAGAAUGGCCAAUCGCAGACCCAGACCCAGACCCAGUCUCACUACACCUACCACCACUCAGACAGCAGACAGACGAUCCAGGGACACAAUAUAAUCUACCCCAACCAGCAGAGCUACGUCCCCCAGUACCAGCCCAUCUCCUCCAAGAGCCAGUUGGGACGCUGCUUCCAGGAGACCACCGGCACACAGUGUGGCAAGGCCCUCCCUGGUCUCAGCAAGCAGGAAGAAUGCUGUCAGAGCAUCGGAACAUCCUGGGGGUUCCACAAAUGCCAGAAGUGCCCAAAACCAUCUAUUCCUCUGACAGCAGGAGGAUCCAGACAUGCGAUGGACUGCCCCCAGGGAUACAAGCGCAUCAACAACUCCCACUGCCAAGAUCUUAAUGAGUGCCAGCUGCAGGGUGUGUGUCCCAACGGAGACUGUCUGAACACCAUGGGCAGCUACAGGUGCAGCUGUAAGGUCGGCUAUAUCCCUGACCCCACCCUCUCCACCUGUAUCCCCGACACCCCUGCCGUCCACGAGGAGAAAGGGGCUUGUUUCCGAUUGGUCAGUUCGGGGAAGCAGUGUUUGCACCCAGUGUCUGCUCAGCUGAGCAAACAGCUGUGCUGCUGCAGUGUGGGCAAGGCCUGGGGCCCGAGCUGCGACAAGUGCCCCCUGCCAGGAACAGCUAAAUUCAAGGAGAUAUGCCCUGGUGGGAUGGGCUACACUGUCACGGGAUCUUACAAGCCCAAAGCACCCAAUCAACUACCCAAACUACCCAUCAACAUGCCAAUGAUCACCCACCAAGAGCCUGUGGCCCCGCCUCUGCCCCUCCCGACACCUGAGAAACCAGUGGAGGCCUUGAGCGUAGCUGAGAGACAGCUUCCCUCUGUACCAGUAGCCACAGAUGCACCUGAGCAGGAGCUGGUUAUUCUGGAGGCUACUAGUAGUAGUCCAAUAGUUGAGGCCGAGGCUGGGCAGCCACAGCUCUCUCCCGGUGUCUCUACCAUGAGGAUGGAGCCGGCCUACAAAGAAGUUGUGGAGAAAACGUCCCCCCCUGCUCCAGCCCUGAUCCUCCCCACCAAUGCUGGCCAGGACAUCGCCCCUACUCAGUCCGCAGAGGUGGAUGAGUGCAAGGUCAACCCUCACAUCUGUGGCCAGGGGAUCUGCUACAACACUGUGGAGGGUUAUAACUGCAUCUGUAACGAGGGCUACCAGAUGGACGAGACACACACCACCUGUGUAGAUGUUGAUGAAUGCCUGGAGUCUGCAUCAUUGUGCUCCAACGGCCGCUGCAAGAACACUCCCGGCAGCUUCCUGUGUGUGUGCCAACCAGGCUUCAUGACAGAUGAGGAGGGAACCAGUUGCAUUGAUUUAAACGAGUGUCUGAACCCCAACGCUUGUCAUGAGGAUGGUUUUUGUGUCAACAACGUGGGUUCCUACAGCUGUCAGCACUGUGACAGUGGCUACAGGAUGAGCCCAACAGGCCAGUGUGAAGAUAUAAAUGAGUGUCUGGACUUGGGUGUGUGUCUGUCCGGCCUGUGCAUCAACUUCCCAGGCUCGUAUGAGUGUGAUCUGUGUCCAAAGGGCUUCCAGGGCCAGGGAGGACAGUGUGUCGACGUAGACGAAUGCCGGGACCCGUCAACUUGUGCCAACGGGAAGUGCUCCAACUUUGAAGGAUACUUUGUCUGCUCGUGUAACGAUGGAUUCACGCUCAGCUUAGAUGGACAAUCAUGCGAAGAUGUGGAUGAGUGCCAGGAUGAGCAGGUGUGUACCAGGGGGCACUGCCAAAACACUGAGGGCUCUUUCCUCUGUAACUGUGGGCCCGGCUUCAGGGCUUCUGCAGCAAGGGACCAGUGUGACGAUGUGGAUGAGUGCCAGGAGCUGACCAUGCCCUGUGACAGUGUGGGCCAGUGUGUCAACAACAUGGGCUCCUACCACUGCAUCUGCCCCCAGGGCUACCAGCAGAUCAACGGCACCAGCUGUCUAGAUGUUGAUGAAUGUCUGGACGACCCGGAGCUGUGUUCCCCACACGGGGAGUGUCUCAACGCUGAGGGCUCCUUCUACUGUGUCUGUGAGAGUGGCUUCGCUGCCAGCCAGGACACACACACCUGUGAAGACGUGGAUGAGUGCUCGGAUGGCACCAGGUGUGUUGGCAGCUCCUGUGAGAACAGCCAGGGUUCCUACAGAUGCCAGUGUGACAGUGGCUACCGCCUGCAGGCAGACACUGACACUUGCCUGGAUAUCGAUGAGUGUUCAGAGUUGGGGCAGAGUAUCUGUGGGGCGUGGCAGUGUGAGAACACGGAGGGCUCCUAUAGGUGUGUGGUGGACUGCCCCCCCGGACACAACCAUGGCCCAGAGGGCAUCUGUGUGGAUAUUGAUGAGUGCAACGUCAACGCCACGGUGUGUGGCAGCCACGGCUUCUGUGAGAACACGGUCGGAUCCUUCCGCUGCCUGUGUGACCGGGGCUACCAGGAGUCCCAGGAGGGCCUUGGCUGUGUGGAUGUGAAUGAGUGUGAUCUGCUGAGCGGUGUGUGUGGCGAGGCCCUGUGUGAGAACGUGGAGGGCUCCUUCCUGUGUAUGUGCCCCGACGAGGACCAGGAGUACAACCAGAUGACCGCCAAGUGCAGUCCCGCUCCCACAGUAAAGUGUUGUUCCCCAUACAGCCUCGUCAGUGGAGAGAAGGAGUGCUACUACAACCUCAAUGAUGAGAACCUGUGUGAGAACGUGCUGACCAGCAGUGUCACCAUAGAGGAGUGCUGCUGUACGCUGGGGGCAGGCUGGGGGGACAACUGUGAGGUGCACCCCUGCCCCAUCCAGGGCACUGAUCAGUUUUCCCAGAUGUGUCCAGCUGGGAGAGGCAGUGUCCCCACUGGUGACCCUGUGUUUGGAGUGACUGCAGCCGAGAGUUAUAAAGAUGCAGAUGAAUGUGCGUUAUUUGGCCAGGAGAUCUGUAAGGAUGGCUUCUGCUUCAACAGCCCAGGAAGCUACGAGUGUUACUGUAAGAAUGGCCUGCACUACGACGAGGUCAAUUUGCAGUGCAGAGAUAUUGAUGAGUGUCAGGAUGAGUCUAGCUGUGUUGCGGGAGAGUGUUUGAACACACAUGGCUCCUACAUGUGUUUCUGUACACACCCCAUGGUGAUGGACUCUGACAACAAGAGCUGUGUGAUUGCCCCUGAAGUGGCAGAGCAACAUGGUGAGCAGACUGUCUACCAGGGUAUUUGCUGGCAGACGGUAACAGAUAAUCUGACAGACAUUCUGACCUGCACCAAGCCCCUGGCCAACAGAAAGACCACGUACACAGAGUGCUGCUGUCUGUUUGGAGAGGCCUGGGGCAUGGACUGUACCCUCUGCCCCCUCAAGAACACAGAGGACUAUGCCUCCAUGUGUAACGUGGCAAUGAGUGGAGGACAGGGGCGUCCGUAUGGUCACGAUGCCCUCGUGCCCCGCCCUGUCCAGGACUACGAGCCUCACCCUGACCAUCCUGGUGCCCUGUACGAGGACAAGGAGAACCCUUCCGCUGCGUUUGAGGGCCUGAGAGCGGAAGAGUGUGGCAUUCUGAACGGCUGUGAGAACGGGCGCUGUGUGCGGGUACAGGAGGGCUACACCUGCGACUGCUUCGACGGAUACACCCUGGACAUGUCCCGCAUGGCGUGUGUGGAUGUGAAUGAAUGUUCUGAGCUCAACAACCGGAUGUCCCUCUGCAAGAACUCCAAAUGUAUCAACACGCAAGGAUCCUACAAGUGUGUGUGCCUGCCGGGAUACACCCCUUCUGAGCGGUCUAACUACUGUGUGGCCAGGAAACAGUGGGCAGCAGCAGCGCACACAGAGAGAGAGUGAGCCCCCACGGCCACUAGAGGGAAACACAUAACACUAAAAAAAUACACUUAUUUAAUCCAAGCCCAUAUACUCUGCACUGUAUAAAAACACACUAAAUAAAACAACAAAAAUAAUUUCCUUGAGAUAAAGAUCCAAUGUAACCUACUAUGUGGUGCCUGUGUGCGGUGGAGAAACACAGCAUUGUAUAAAAUGUAUGUUUGUUUUGUCCGGUUUUUGUAGGUUUUAUUUUUUUAUAUUAAAAGGAGUUUAUGCGCGCUAGAGGAGCAUUCGCUCUCCUAACGUAACGACAAACCCUAUGAACUCUUACUGGGGGAUAACUUUUUAUUUUCUACCCAGUCCAAAACGCCUUGUGUGUGGAUAUUUAAUUCAGUGAAGAGGCCAGCCAUCCAUUCGCUUUCCCCGUUCUCCCACUUCUUCCCAGCACUUCUCUUCCUCCUCCCUGUACCGUGGCUGUGGAGGACUGCUUGCCUGGCCCUGGAUGGACAGCCAUCUGAUCUUUGCUCGGUGGCUUCACACGAACAUGCAGUAUGCACAUUACUGUAAUAGAAUGUUUUUCAUGUAAAUUCUUUGGAAUAAGCUUUUUUCUAGUCAAUUUUUGUAUUAAUUAUAAAUGCAAACACAAAACUACUUCUCUGUCUGGGACAUUGGACAAUAGCAGGUUUUAAUUUUUUGAUUUGUUUGGUUUUAUACUCAUGCCUGCCCUGUGGAGCAGUCAUAUUCCCUACCCUUUCAUUUAUUUUCUUGAGAUAUUGUUUUGCUUUAUUUUUUCAUACUUUAAUGAAAUAUUUUUCUGCAUUUUACUGCAAUGUCUAAAGGUCUUGCCAGGUUGCAAAGCUGCUACGGGACAGCCAUGGGAGAAAUUUUGUACAUUUAAACAGAAGAGUUGAGAAACCAGUUUAUGUAUUUGUAAUUUGUACAUGAAAAAUAGCUCUUGUAUGAAUAUUAAUUUUACUAUGUAUAUUAAACCCCUGGUAAUAAAUCACAAAUGGUGAUAUUUAAACUG